CGAUACACAGCAACAUUGCUCAUCAGUCUCGUCGUGAAAAUCAGACGAAUUUUUUUUAUUUCUCUUUAAAAUAUUUCAGUUUGAUUUUUAAACAAGUUCAAGUAGCUAUAUCAUUUUGCAAUAUAUAUUUUUUUUGUUAUUAACUUUUCGAUUCGAUACAAUUUGCCUUUUAAAUCAUAAAAUAUCAAGUUUAAAAUCAUCAUCAACGAUAUUUAAUUUUUGAUUGAUUUAAAAACAAAACGAAGUACAUUGCCUUUUUCUAAAAAAAAAACUUUUGAAUAAUUUAUUUGUGCAAAUACAAUCUGUGAACCGAAAAGUGUAGACAUCAAAAGAGAUGAAAAAAAGUGAGAAAUAUCCCAGCCAAAGUGUGAAACUAAUAUAACGAAUUUCAUUCACAAAAGACACAAAUACACGCAACACAGUGAUACUGACAAUUUAAAUCCACUCAAAAUCAAAUAUAUUCCCAAUCUUGCAUAGAAUCGCCGGAAAUUUUUCUGUAAACAUUGUGCAAUUGAUUAAAAGGGAGUAUUUAAAUGUAAAAUAAGUGACAAAGACCUGGACGAGAAGAAAUUGUUGUCAUUGAUUUUGGUUUUUUUUCUUCGUUUUUAAUUUUGUGAAAUAUUUUUUUUUUUUGCUUAACGCCUGCUGUGUAUUGUACACUGUUGUUUCGCCAAACUGAUCAAUGAGUGUCGACUACCAAUGUAUACGAAGCAAGUCCAAGCAACAAUCGCAACGAUUUAAAAAAAAAGAGAGACAAACUUAACUGCUGUUCGAUGCUAAAAUAGAAUGUGCGGUCGGUUCCAAGUAAAACACUUUUUUUUUUCUUUGCAAGUAGCACCAAACGCGCGUUUGCGACACACACACACAAACCAGUUAAAUUGAAGUUGACUUUUCUAGUGUGAACUCAUAAUAGCAACAAAUAAUUUUAUUUUUUUCGAACGAAAAAAAAAUCAGUAUUUGUUUACACGAAUUCGGCACCACAUCGUUUUCAGCUUAUGAAUAGAAUGAUAUACAACGAAAGUGCUGUACGUGAUUUACUCCAUAACAAGCCACUCAGAAUUGCUCACGUAUGCGAUAAUCGUAAUUUAGCAAAAAUAACAACAACAUUAAAUGAAUAAAAAAAAUAAUAAGCCCCAUAAAUAGUGGACAUUUUGCCUUUAAUUAAAACAUGAAAGAAAAACAUUUAAAUCUAAAUGAAAGCGAUUAGACUGAUAAAAUAAUAGCUCCAUUGGGAUAUACGAACAUAGAGAGAGAAAAUAGCCGAAAGAGAGACAGAAGUGUAUAAAAUAAAACGCUGAGAGAUGAUUAAGAAUUUAAUGUGAUAGAUAUCGUCCAGUGAACAAAUACAACCAUUUAUAUCAAUUUGAGCGUCGAAAAAAAAAGAAACAAAAAACACACAUACGAGAUAGGAGUCACAGCGACAAAACAGACAUUGUCCAAAUAAAAAAAGGCGAGAGAAAGAACGAGAUAGAAAUAAAAACGAUGUCAACAAACUGUAAUAAUUUAAUUAAAACGCCACUAGUAACUGUCGCGAACAUUGCAACCAUGGCAUCAUCAACACAUCAUAAUCAUACACCACAAAAGCAACCACAGCAUCCGAUAACCACAACAAAAAUGGGAUCCCGCCGCAUAUUUUCUGCUCAAUUUAAGCUCACCGUACUCGAUUCAUAUCGCAUGGAUGCCGAUUGUAAGGGAAAUCAGCGGGCCACCGCUCGCAAAUAUGGUAUUCAUCGUCGUCAAAUCCAAAAGUGGCUGCAAAACGAAACAAAUUUGCGAUCGAGCGUUAAUAACAAUAACAAUAAUAACAACAGCGAUUUACAAAAUAAUCAGAAUAACAACAACACCUCCGCUACCAGUCACAGUAAUGCGAAUAAAAUGAGCGCCAUUCAAGUAAUAAAUGGAGGCGCUGUACUAAAUGGCCGAACCGUGAAUAAUUUAUCAUUAUCCGGUGCGGACAAUGUCAACGCAAAACGUUUAAUCCAUGAAAAUGCAUCAUCAGUCACAAAUAAAUCAAUACUAAAUCAAUCAACGAUGUCUGGCAGCCCAACGACCAAUUUCCAUUUCACAAAAAACCAUCAACAACAAUACCACCACCAACACCAGCACCAGCACCAACACCAACACCAACAGCAAAAAUACAAUGCAAAUGAAAUCAACACAAUGUCCUUGGAUAUACCUAGACAUAGCGUCGCUGUAAAUGCACGAACUCAUAAUAACAGUAAUAGUAACAGUGGAAACAGCAUCGAACAUACUAUGAUAAAGACAGAGACAGGCAACUACAUCGAAUGCUAUGGCACAGGCAACGAAUACAAGUGCGCUACAAAUGCAGCAGCACCGACCACAAAUACCAGUUUUCCCGUUUCAAGUACAUCCACUUCACCAGCGUUAGCGCCGUCGUUUGUUGCUCGCCCAAUACCGCAUUCAUCAUCAAAUGAAACGACCGUUUCAUAUGCAUCUCAACGACAACCAUUGCGCAUCGUUUCACCGUCGUAUUUGUUGCCGUCCCCAUCACAAUCAAAUGCAUCGCAUGCAUCGAACGGAAUUCCAAUGAUUGACAAUACAAAAGCGUUCCACCCAACCCAUUAUCCGGCCACUUAUCAUCAUCCACAAUCGGUUGCCGUUGCGGCCGCUGCUGCUGCUGCAGCUGCAGCUGUUACAUUUCAUGAAAUCAACCCAAUGCUUUAUGAAUCAGUUCCACCACAAAUCGGUAUGAUCCCAUCAAUUCGACAUUAUUUACCACAUGAAUUGCAAGUUGCCUCAUUUGCAUCAAGAGCAAUGCCGUCGGCAUUUGAAACACCAUUCCAUUUGUCACAUCAAAAUGGUUUCUAUGAACAUCCAAAUGCAUACGAAAUGUAUCCAUCAUAUCUACCAUCGAUUGCAAUGCCAACAUCCAACAUUAUGCCCGAAUGUGUCACACCAAAAACGGAAAUUAACAUUGAUAUCGAUACAAAAUCAAAUGAAGAUGAACGAUGUGACCGACCACAAUCACCAAUCGAUUUAACAGUACCUGCCCGUCAAACAUUGGCCGAAUCAUGUCGACCGAUCAAACCACGUUUCUCAUUGCCAUCACCACCGGUUAAAGCAGCAUACAAAGCGCUCGAAAUUCCAUAUACCGAUAACAAUGAAAUCGAAUACAAACCAUGGGAUUUAAGAUGCACACGUAAACGUAAAAAUGACGAUGACAUUGAUGAAGGUAUCAGCAUCAAUGGCGAACAAAAUAAAACACAUGAAAAAUUAGCAUCUAGUCCAACACCAGCCAAAGUUGUUAAGCUAUUCAAACCGUAUUUAUUGUCCAGCGAUGAUGAAGACGAUACCACCGAUAAUGACGGAAAAAAGUGCCCAAAAUCGGAUGAACAAACAACGGCAACAACAACAACAGCAGCCCAACGCGAUCCGAUUAUUUGGAGCAGUCAUAAAUUUUAUGAAAAUAAUAGCCAAACAACGAUAACGCCAUUUCAGUCACCAAUCGUAAACACACAACCGCAAACUCAUUCAUCAUAUUGGUUAAAUCAUGGUUCACCGGUGUCUGGUUAUGAUAGCGCUUCGUCAACAUUCAGCGAUUGCAAUUGCACUGACUCGAAUUGCCAAACAAAAUUGGCAUCACCCGCACCGACAGUUGCAUCAACAUUCUCGGAUGAUGUCAGCGCCGAAACAACUGUGCCAACAACACCACAACCAACGAAAUACAUUGUACCCCGUCGGCAUAUUCUUGAAAAAUGGUCACACGAAGACGAUGAACUCCAAUCACGAAGCUCACAGUUCAAUCGAACACAACAAGAUAUCACCGUUCGGUAAAUGUCCAAACAUUUUGUAAUAGUUUAUAAGCUCAAUAUCUAGUUAAUCGUUUCGUUUUCGAAAAUGAUACUCUUUCAAUUUUGCAUUAAGAGAAAAAAACAACAAUUUCUUUUUUAAUAUUUUGGCCAUAUAAAAGAACGAAAUUUCUGAUUUGUGAUAAAAAAAAAAACAUUUUUUUUUCUGAAAGAUAAAAUUAAAAAAAGAAACAAACAAAAAAAAGAAUGAAUGAUUAAAUUAGAUCACUUUACUGAUUACAUACUCCGAUAAACAUAAUCACAAAAGCGAUAAUCGAUAAAAGCCUUACUCUUAAUUCCUGUAAAUCACAUCAAUAUUUUAGAUGUGGAUUAUUUCUAUUGCUGACGAUACAACGGAAAAUGUGAUUUGAUCGUUGAUUUCCGUUUCCGAAAAAAUUAAAAAGUCAUAAAAAGAAUACACCAUAGCCAUGAUGGCUUGAACAAAGAGUGAAAAUCGUUUGAAAAAUAAUUCUCGCACGCUCAUUAGGCGCAAACCAUCAAUUAUUUAUAAUUCCAUUCGGCUUAAAUGUUGAAGUAGCUCGGAGAGUGAAAGAGACGUGACAGAAAAAAUAAAUGAUUUUUUUUUCAGCACCCUGAAAUUAGAAGAACCUGAAUUUGGUUGUGCGCGCGAUAUAAUUACCAGUUUACUAAUAAUAAUUGCUUCUGUACGCGUAUCCAUUCUUUCCUGAUUUGUUUUUUUUUGUCGUCGUUUGAAAUUGUUUCGUCUUUCGUAGACAAUUAGACGGCCAAGGUGUUUGUUUGAAAUUCAUCGCCAACAUUAAAUGCUUUCGGGGAUUUGUCUUUGUUCAAUAAAGCAUUUUUCAAAUCAAUAUUAAUCUCGAAUUUAUUUUCUCACAUAAUGUCACCAUAAUAGUGAUUUGAUUUCCCAUUCAAUUAGUCAUUUUGGAUCGUGCUUAUAAAUACCGCCAAAAAAAGAAACCAUUUUUAAAUUGUCGUAUUAGUACACGGUUUCGGUGUCGAUGUUUGGUGGGUGCGCGUAUUUCUUUUUUUCAACACAUUAAAUAUUUAAAAAUUCAAUCACGCAUCCAACGCCGUCAUAAAAAAACAACUACCGAAUUUCGGUAUUCGUUUGACGAUAUUUAUUUAAUUACGUAUUUAAAUUGAUGUUGAGCCCAUAUAAAAAAAAUCAUUAAUAAUAAUUUUUUAUUACACGUUUGAGAAUUAAUUAAUCGUCGGCUUGUUAUCUUCACCGAAAAACAAGCAUAUCUUCAAAAAUGUAGAAUUAAACAACAACAAAAAAAAUAAAUUCGAGAAUUGAAUUGAUCCGUUGCAUAUUUAAUGUGUUUCCUGUGAAUUGAACACAACAAACACGAUAUGGAUUUUAAUUGCAUAUCAAUUAAUCUUAUUUUAUCACCACGAAAAAAAAAAAUAAAACCACCAUGACGAUGGUGUGAAAUAUGUGAAAUGCACACAUGAGUCUGUUUCAUAACGAAACAAGUUAAUUACAUGCUAUAUAUUGGACUGGAGGGGUUAUUUCCAUCGAAAAGUCUUAAUAAUUUUGCCAUCAGUUUUAACACCUUCGCCGACAUUGUUUUUUUUUUUAAAUGUUAAAAUCGUGCAUCGAAUGACUUUCAUUACACGUGCCGAUCGCAUUUAUUCUCAAAUGACACAAUCCAUUUGAUGAAUGAGCGGCCAACAUGAAAGAAUUUCAGUGCGUUACCAAUUUUCUGCGCAUUUGCAAAUGAGCCAUUUUUGUAGGUCUUUCGUCAAAAAUUCUUCUCCCAAUAACUUGUCUCUUUCUUUAUCGCCAUUUUCAUUGUCGUCGUUUUCAUCUUCUUUUUUUCCUCUUUGCACCUUGCAUUCACAUUUCUUCUUUUUCACUGAUCCAAAGCAAGUUUACGACACAAUCACUUGUGCCCCUUGUCUUCGUAACAACAACAAAGAAAAAACAAUAUCGUACGUGAAAAUUGUACAGUAGGUCGUAGUGAAAUGGCAUUGGGUUGGUGAUGCGGGAAUUUCCCAGUUUUAAGCUCUCAAUGGCUUUGCGACAAAAAAAUAAAACGAAAUCAACGACAAUUGUUUUUCGAAUAGUUCAACUGAAUGGUCUUAAAGGCUCUGUGGAAAUGAUGUUAAAAAGCAAAUAAUAUAUGUAAACUGUAAUAAACACACCUUAAUAGCACACUCAAUACAUUCGGCUCAGACUUUGUCAUGAUUUUUAUUUCUCUCUCUCAUACUCUCUAUCUCUGCCCUCUUCUUCUUCUUUUUCCAUUCUGUCAAUCGUUUCGCUUGAAAUUUUGUGAAAACGAACAACAUAAAAUUGAUUGUCACCAACGAGUGAGCGUUUGGGCUUGAUUUAAACGGAAAGAGUGGAAAAAAAGCACCUAACACGAAGAUAUAUUAAUUUUUAUGACUUUUUAAGCUGUUUUCGAUGGUCAUUUGUCAAGUAUUCGCUCAGAUGAAGCCAGUUUGUGAUUAUGAUUUUUAUUGGAAAACAUGACAGUUUAGUUCUUUAUUUUAGUCAUAGAGACAAAAAACGAGCAUAUUAAUGAACUGCAAAUCGUAAACAUACUAAAUUAUUGAGUCCAUCACACACUUAACAAGCAAAUGACACAAAAAAAAUUCCCUUUAAAAGCGUGUGUGUGAGUGGUUUAAAAUCGAUUUGAACAACAGAUAAGAGAUCGAUUACAAAUUCUUGAUACUGAAUACAUAUUUGAUGGAAGUGCCUUAUAUUUACAUGAAAAUUAUAUGAACAAAAAAGUGGAAUAAGAAAUUUCAAGUGCCAAUACAACCGAAAAUAAAACAACAAACAUUGAUUGUUUGUCUUUUGUGUGCGAAAAAUCGACACACAUACACACAAAAGAAACAAUACAGUCAAAACUGAGUUCAUUUCUUUUUUAUUCGCAUAUUAUACAAUAAUUUACAAUAUAUAUUUAAUCAAGACAAACAAAAUCACAUACACAUAUUUUCUAUGACAUUUUAAGACAAACAAAUAACGAGAGAAGAAAGAAAAAACAAUCCCGAAAUAUUAUAGAUACAUAAGCGAAUCAAUUGAAUAAAUAAAAGAAUCAUAGAUUUAAGUAAUAUUGUAAUUAUAUAAUUAAGCAAAAAUGUUGCGAAUCAUUUCUUUUCGCUUCGAGAAAAGGGAGCUGAACCGAAAACAAAACAGAAACCGAGCAACAAAAAAAUGAUUACUUAUCAAUCGAAAUUCAAGCAAACCCAAUGAUAAUUUUUGGUUGCCAAAAAAAGAAUACAUGGCGCAAAGCAUAAUUAAAAAUUAACCUUUGUACUUGAACUGUACACAUUCUGUAUGGAAGAUAAGGCAAAACCAUGAUUUACAAGUCUGGACUAAUUAGGGGGAAAAAAAUCGGUUACAGUGUUAAGUACAUCCGUUCAACUUGAGUUGAUUUAUUUAUAACAAAAUACGAGAAAAAAAAGACGACACAAUACAGUAAUAAAUCAGUGUCCGAAAAUACGGUGAUCUAUUUUUAAAACUAUAUGGCAAACGAUGAAAUUUUAGUAAUCAGCGGCGCUGACGAUGAUUAUUAAAUGUUUUGUUUUCGAAUUGAAUGUUUUGCUUUGAACAAGCAAUGCCUUUGACAUCGUUCCCUUUCCGAUGAGCAGCGCGUUUAUAAUCGAAUAAACUUCAAAUUCCAAGAUAUAAAAUUGUAAUUCACCAGCGCCCGAGAAUGAAAUGAUUCCUUGAAAUAUGAAAUUUUUGAUGUAUACCAAAAAAAGUCGAAGAUAAAAAUGCAAAUAAACUGUCGCUCACAACAAUUCGUUCAGUUCGUAUUUAUGUUGUUUUUUUUUGUUAUCAAUAAGACAUUCUUUUAUUACUUUUUGUGAGGUAAUUUAGUUUAGAAAUGCGAUAAAAUAGAGGAAAUGAAAGAAUCGAUUAGAUCGAACGUUUGUUUGUCCGUAUGUUCUCUGUGCAAAUGCAUAAGUCUAUAAGCAAAGUAAGAAAUUAUCUAUAAAUAGAGAGGAAAAGAUAUUUUUUUUGUCUUCACAUUUAUUGCGAUUAUUAAACUCUAUAUCAAAAUAUAUCAUCAAUUAAUCAUAUCAAAGUCCGCACCCAAACUAUGUGUUGGGUGUUACAUUUAUUAUAUCGUAACUUUUAAGUAUAUUAUCGUUUCGUUCUCAUACUGAAAAUUGUUUUCGUCACUUUUAAAUUGUAGAUAGAACAACAACAUAUGAAAUGUUUGUGAAUUAAGCUGUGUCGAAGAAAAAAACUAAGAAUUCGUCGAAACCCAGUUGUUUUAGUUUUUCAGUUGAAAAUGCACCACGAGUAAAGGUCUUCAAUUGUAGCUUUUAAAGCGAUCUUAUAGGUUUUCUCUCUCUUUUUUUAAACUUGAUUCGAAACAUAUGUGAAAUUUAAGAUAAAAAAAAAACCUGUUGCAAAUAAAUUAUCGUGUCAAUUAAGCAAUAUUAAUCAAAAAAAAAAUUUGAAGAAAAAAAAAGAGAAGAAGAAGAUAUAAUACUUUUCAAACAUAUAUUUACAUUGCUAAUGUUAAUCAAUAAGUUUAUUUCGUAAGAUAGUAUCAUCGUCAUAUUGGUCACUAAUGUAAUUUGGAACUGUUUGAAUUGUGGUCUGUAAUCGGCAAUUUUAUUGUAUCUAAGAGACAUGUCAAAACAUUUAUUGUAUUUUUUUAAGAAACAACAAAUUUAUUAUCCUAUCCAUAUUAUUCAUUUGAAAAAAAAUAUUAUUAUUAUUCUGUAUUAUUAUCGUAUAUUGUAUUUAAAAUCCAAUGAAAAACAUAAUGAAAUUAAUAAAAUUAAUCGAUUUCCUUUCUAAUUCGACAAUAAA